UGACCUCGCUAUUGGGUCAGUAUAUAAGAGGCUUCUGCACCCCUUGGCCCCUCACUUGCGAUUCAAAACCAAACCGAAACAAUGCAAAUCUCGCGGGUGCUCCUCCUGGCGGCGGCGCUGGUGGUGGGCGUGUGCCACGGGCAGCUGGACAUCCCUUCUGUGUCCGAUGCGGAAAUGAAUGAAAUCCUCAGCGACGUUCCGAGAGUGGCACAGUGCCUCACCGAGCCUGAUGACAGGUGCCACCCACUCACUGCCACGGUUCGAAAUAUCCUACCAGAAUUGUACAGAAAUGGGUUGAGGUGUAACACCUGCAGUGAGCAGAGUCAGAGGAACAUCGAUCAGUUCAGGACUGUUCUGACAAAGCACGAGAACAGCCAGUAUAACAGGCAGAUCUUGCGGUGGGUCACGCAACAGUUAUAAGUGAGGACCCUCCCCCCAACACACCCUUCUAACACCCUUCCCCUCCCCUCCCUAACCUCCCUCUCUCUCUACGUUUUUUUAUUGGCUCCUUAUUUCUCUAUAUACAUUUGAUUUUGUUUAUCACUUUGUUUUUGAAAUGCAGUAAUUCAAUGUUGCAGAAGUAAUCCUCCUUAUCAAUACUGUUAUUAUUUUCAUUGGUUUUGUUAAUCUCGUUAUUAUUGCCAUGAUCUUUAUAGUAAAGAUUAUUAAUGUCAUAAACACAAUUUUUAUAGGAAUUUAUUAUUGCUAUUAUUAUUAGGACUGCUGCUAUUUUCAUUAUUAU